CUUUGCUGUAUAUAUAUCCUCCAUCAGUGGCACCAUACCUUUCAGUGCUUACUUACUCACAGAUUGUCACACUUCAGCUCUGUGAAGCAGAGAUUUUUGGUUGUCAAUGGCUCUUCAGGCUGCUGCAUUGGUUCCCUCUGCCUUCUCCAUCCCCAAAGAGGGGAAAUCUGGUAAGGAUUCGAGUUUUUUUGGAGUUUCAUUUGCUGACCAUCUCAAGGCUGACUUGAGCUGCUCUUCACUGAGUUCCAAGAGGGAGCGUAGCUUCAGAAAUGGAGCAGUCAGGGCGGAGACGAUUGCUGCGACCCCUUCGGUGACCCGAGCAGCCCCUGCAGGCAAGAAGACCCUCCGGAAGGGAAGUGUGGUGAUCACUGGAGCUUCAUCAGGGCUUGGCCUUGCGACAGCUAAGGCCCUGGCUGAGUCUGGGAAAUGGCACGUGAUCAUGGCCUGCCGGGACUUCCUCAAGGCCGAGAGGGCUGCGAAAUCUGCCGGAAUGGCCAAGGAGAACUACACAAUCAUGCACUUGGACCUUGCUUCCCUUGACAGUGUGAGGCAGUUCGUUGAUAACUUCAGGAGAUCAGAAAGGCCAUUGGAUGUCUUGGUCUGCAAUGCUGCUGUUUACUUGCCGACUGCCAAGGAGCCAACUUUCACUGCUGAAGGGUUCGAGCUCAGUGUUGGAACGAACCACCUUGGACACUUUCUGCUUUCUCGGCUUCUGCUGGAUGACUUGAAUAAGUCGGAUUACCCAUCGAAGCGCCUCAUCAUAGUUGGGUCAAUUACAGGGAACACAAACACUUUGGCGGGGAAUGUGCCUCCAAAGGCUAACCUUGGGGACUUGAGAGGUCUCGCAGGAGGUCUGAACGGGCUGAACAGCUCAUCUAUGAUUGACGGAGGAGACUUCGAUGGAGCCAAGGCAUAUAAGGACAGCAAGGUGUGCAACAUGCUAACCAUGCAAGAGUUCCACCGACGCUACCAUGAGGAAACGGGCAUCACAUUUGCCUCCCUCUACCCGGGAUGCAUUGCCACCACUGGCCUGUUCAGGGAACACAUUCCCCUCUUCCGGAUGCUGUUCCCUCCAUUCCAGAAGUUCAUCACCAAGGGGUACGUGUCUGAGGACGAAGCAGGGAAGAGGCUAGCCCAGGUCGUUAGUGAUCCAAGCUUGACAAAAUCCGGUGUUUACUGGAGUUGGAACAAGGAUUCAGCUUCAUUUGAGAACCAGCUGUCUCAGGAAGCUAGCGAUGCCGGGAAGGCCAUGAAAGUGUGGGAGGUCAGUGAGAAGCUCUUAGGCUUGGCCUAACUGAGAUGCCAGGAUCUCGUCGUCUUUGACUCUUCUCUGGUCCAUGGAGAAGAAUGCUGCUCUGAAAGUCGGUUCUGCUCGCUAGUUUGGAGUUGGGAUUUGGAGAUUUGAGUUUAGAUAAUUAAAAAAUAAAAAAUAAAAAAAUAGAGGGAGAGAGAACGCCAUUGUAAACAAUUUUGUGUUUUCUAGGAUUCAGUUGACUUUUGUUGUUGAUGUUGAAAUUGAAAAUAAAACUGCGCAAAUCCUUUCGGGAGGAUGUUAUUUUGAUUGGA